AAACAGCCCUGCAUUAGUUGGCAGCGGGACUUUCAGGUUCCUGAGGCCGGGUCCUCGCCUCGUGCUUCAUUGAAACCUCCUAAUGUAGUGUGGCCUGUUUCACCUUCUACCCAUCCCGUCUCAUCCAAGCUGGAGCCUUGUGGUGAAUGUACCAGUCCGUCUGAACAAAGAGAGCAACCACCAACGUCAUCUCGCCCAAUACGCAUCUUGCGCCGUGACAGGAGCUGCAGCUCACAGCACUAGGGAAUUUUUCUUUUCUUUCUUUUUUUUUUUUUUUUUUCAGUGACCGGUUCAGGAACCCCCCCAUCCAUUCAUUCCCUUGGAGUGAAAGAAGAGAUCGCGGUACUGGCACCGUCUCGUCCCGUGCGGGCAGUCACGAAGCAUCAGCGGUGAAGGCUUCCUCAACUUCGACAAGCGCUCAACACUCAAUUGGGCAAAAAAGAGCGACAAUUCUGCCACAGACACCUGCCACGCUCGACACGCCGCCGACAUGGCUGCGCAAUCCGAGUUCGGGGAUAUGGGGUUGUCCAUCCUGGGGCUGGGCACGCAAUACCCUCCCUACGACCUGAAGCCGAGCUCGCUCGAGGUGCUGAGCAAGCGAUUUUACCCAGAAUCGCCAGCCAUGAGCAAGGUGCUCUCGAUCAACCGGUACACGGGCAUCGACCAACGCUCCUCGAUAGGAACGCCGGACCACCCGCUGGUGAACCAGCCGAACCCGCCGACCAUCAGCGAGCUCAACGAGACCUUCAUGAGGGACGGCGUGCCGUUAGCGGUCAGUGCCGCGCGGAAAGCCCUGGCCGAGGCGCGCCUUGAGCCGGCGCAGGUCACGCACAUGGUCUCGACCACAUGCACCAACUCGGCGAAUCCUGGCUACGAUCAUUUCGUCGCGAGGGAACUCCGCCUGAGCCCCGGCACCGAGAAGGUCCUCCUCCACGGCGUAGGCUGCAGCGGCGGGCUCGCGGCCCUCCGCACGGCAGCCAACCUCUGCCUCGGCCACACGAUGCGGCGGAAGCCUGCGCGCAUUCUCGUCGUCGCCCUCGAGAUUAGCACCACCCUGGUCCGGAGCGAGCUCGAGUCCAUCAACGCCUCGCAGGAAACCCGCAUCGGCGUCGCCCUCUUCAGCGACUGCGCCAGCGCCUGCCUCCUCUCCAACUCCCUACCCUUCCCGGACGACGGCCCCUCCGGCCGCCCUUCGCCGCCCCCGCCGCCAGCAAUCUACUCCCUCCUCGGCUGGCAGCACCACACCAUCCCAGACACCGAACACGACCUCGGCUUCGACGUCGACCCGCACGGCUGGAAGGUCGUUCUGUCCCCGCGCGUGCCCCAGCUGACCCAGUCCGUCCUGCUUCCCACCUUCACCUCCCUACUGGCCUCCCUACCCCCUCCGUUCUCCUCCCCGGGCGACCAACAACACCCCCACCAACAACACCCCCACCAGCAGCAGCAGCAGCAGCAGCAGACGCCAGAGCUGAAACCCGCCGACUUCGACUGGGCCAUGCACCCCGGCGGCGCCACCAUCCUCUCGGGCGCCGAGCAGGCCCUGGGGAUCACGCCCGCGCACAUGCGCGCCAGCUACGACACGUACAUCAACCACGGCAACAGCUCGUCGGCCACCAUCCUCAGCGUCCUGGACCGCCUGCGCCACAAGGACAUGGACGCGCUGGCCCCUCCCGCCGGGAGCGGUCCGGACGGCCGCGGCGGCGGCGGCGUGAAGGAGCACGUGGUCGGCUGCGCGUUCGGGCCCGGCAUCACCGUCGAGAUGUGCAUGUUGAGGAGGAACCUGCGGGACGGGUUUGGCAUGUCUGCGUCUGCGAGGGGCAUGGGAACGCCGCCCGAGACGGAGAGCGAAGGGGGCGGUGCCACGGAUGUCGACGAGGCGAGCGAGGCCGGGGAGGAGGGGAACCCAACGAGUGGUCGGACCGGGACCGCAGCGCAACAACGGAGCGGCGCUCAAGACGAUGGUGAGGCGUUCAUCAGCGAGGAAUUGGAGCGUGUGGAGUUGGACUGAAGUUUUCUAGGUUGGGAGGGGGGGGGUUGGGUUCUGAUGCAUGCAUAUAUAUAGAUAAACCGUGAUUUUUGGGGAAGGGGUGGGUAGCUUGAUAGGCUGUACUCCGUAGUGCUUAUUCUUAUCGCACUGGAACAGUCAGACUCCAUCCAUGAAUAACCUGGCAGAAACACCGCCCUCGAUAAAGGGGUUGGUUGAGCCGCAGGUCUUUUUCCUCUCUUGAGGGAACGGGGGAGUAAAAAAAA